GCGGCUGAGGCUGAGGGGCGGCGGCGGGGCUGUCUGAGGGAAUGCAGGCGGCCGCCGCCAAGAUGGCCGCCGCCGGACGGGCGGCGCGUCACCUUGUGAAAAGCAGCAGCCAGCUGAGGGUCCCGGUACGAUGGAGAGGUCAGGCAACUGCAGCUGCGGUGACAGAGAGCACAAAGCCUCAAAUCCAGCCAGAAGCACGGAAACCUAAAACAGGAAUCUUAAUGUUGAACAUGGGAGGUCCAGAGCGACUGGAUGAUGUGCACGAUUUCCUGCUUCGCCUCUUUCUGGACAGAGAUCUGAUGACGCUUCCAGCUCAAAACAAACUGGCGCCAUUCAUCGCCAGGCGCCGCACGCCCAAGAUCCAGGAGCAGUACAGCCGGAUCGGCGGCGGGUCGCCCAUCAAGAAGUGGACAGCGGUGCAGGGGGAAGGCAUGGUGAAACUGCUGGACAGCAUGUCUCCACGGACAGCACCUCACAAGUACUACAUUGGCUUCCGCUACGUCCAUCCCCUGACAGAGGAGGCGAUUGAGGAGAUGGAGAAGGACGGCAUCGAGAGGGCCAUCGCCUUCACACAGUACCCACAGUACAGCUGCUCCACCACAGGAAGCAGUUUAAAUGCCAUCUAUCGCUACUACAGUGAGAAGGGGAAGAAGCCGAAGAUGAAGUGGAGCAUAAUCGACCGAUGGCCCACACAUCCCCUUCUGAUUCAGUGCUUCACCGAUCACAUACAGAAGGAGCUGAACCUGUUUCCACCUGACAAAAGGAAAGAUGUCGUCAUCCUCUUCUCGGCUCACUCGCUGCCCAUGUCUGUCGUGAACCGUGGUGAUCCGUAUCCUCAAGAAGUGGGAGCUACUGUCCAGAGAGUCAUGGAGAAGCUGAACUACUCCAACCCCUACAGGCUUGUGUGGCAGUCCAAGGUUGGACCAAUGCCUUGGCUCGGCCCACAGACAGAUGAGACCAUCAAAGGACUCUGCCAAAGAGGGAAGAAGAACAUGUUGUUGGUCCCAAUAGCAUUUACCAGUGACCACAUUGAAACGCUUUACGAGCUGGACAUUGAGUAUGCCCAAGUCUUAGCCAAUGAGUGUGGAGUUGAAAAUAUCAGAAGAGCAGAGUCUCUGAACGGGAAUCCACUGUUCUCCAAGGCUCUGGCAGACCUGGUCUGUUCCCAUCUCCAGUCGGAUGAAGUCUGCUCACGGCAGUUAACCCUGUGCUGCCCGCUCUGCGUCAACCCAGUCUGCAGGGAGACAAAAGCCUUCUUCACCAACCAGGGGCUGUGAGGGAUGGGCAGGAGCCCCCCACACUGCACAGGGAGAUCCCUCUGGAGCAGCACAAAGCAGAGAAGCCCUCUGACCAGGCUCUCCCGUCAUGUGCCUGCAGGCUGGUAGUGGUGUUAACCUCACCUUGCCGUGAGGAAACUUGAUUUGUUUUGUUUUAUGUUUUUCUUAUGUUUUCUUUGUUUGAGAAGGGUUUGUAGAAGGCAGGGAAACAGGGGCAUUGGCCCUAUGAGAUGUGAAAGAACCUGGUGUCACCUGAUUCCAGGUGGACUUAGCAUCAGCCCAGGAGUAUGCACUGAAAAACAGACUUUUCUAUAAAUCAGCUUCUGUUUCCUAUGCAGGGAUUUGUUUGUAUGCAGGUUUGCUGUGAGUGCAUUCAUUUCAGCUUUCCAGGUCAUGCACACAGUUACUUGUUUUGCUUAUGCUUAAGGUGCAGUAUAACCAGCAUAGUCACAGGUUGCCUCUUCUGAGAGCAGUUUUUCAGGUGGGUUUAAAGAUCCAGUGGCUUCUGGUCCUUCUUAGGUAACAUGUUGGCUUUACUUUAGAAGGUAAAGAAAAGGCUUCGUUUGGGGUUCCUGGUUUUUAUCUGUUGUCUCCUGCCAGAAACUUCUGGUGAGAGCUUAUCUGGGAUAGUAGAACACACAAGAGUUGUUCACAGUUUCUAGAAGGAACCACUCUUGUGGUGUGGAGGAAAGGCCUCUGUGUUUGUGGAGCAUAAGGUGGAAGGAGGAGGCCUGCUUGGGGAAUGCUGGGGGACAUGCUCAGCUGAAACAAACACCUUAGUUUAUCUUUAAAGCAACGUGACUUUUGAAAGCUGUGCUUUAAAAAGGCUUUUUGUGUUUGGAAAGCUGCAUUUAGGAAGUCAGGCUCACUCCCCAGGGGGUUUACAGCUCUGCUUUGUGCUUUCUACUGUGCCAGGGUGCUGUGGUGUGUGUGGGAUCCCAGCUGAUCCAGCUUGAGGGCUGUUGUUAUUGACCACAGAGGUGGUCAGUCAGUUCUCAGUGACAGGGCAGAGGCCUGAGAGCAGGCAGCCCCUCAGGCUGGCAGCUGGGUGCUUGUGCAAAGCCCAGCUGGGUCUGUGAGGUGUUGGGCACAGCCCCAGUGCCUCCCAGUCACCCCCAGUGCUCCUGCCCCAGGCCAAGGCCUUUCUGGGCAGGGUGUUGGGUGCACUCCCAAGCACUGCUGGUGGUGUGGGGUGGGAAAGCUUUUUGGGGCAGUAUUCCCUGCCUGCCAGCACCGGGCCCGGUGUCCAGGUUAGUGCUGGGAUCAGAGGGAGUUUUGGCAUGCAGUGAGGACACAGCGCGCGUGGGCUGGGCACCUACAGGGCUUCAGGGCUUCACCACAGCACCUCAGGCAGCCAGUCCUGCCCUCCUGGGUGGGACAGAGCAGGAGCAAAGCUGUGGCAGCGUUCUGUGGGGCUGAGCCGUUGGUGUUCGCUGCCAGCGCCGUGGGGAUCAAUGUUUACGUUCUGUGAUUAGCACUGAGCCGCCAGCGCUUGGGCCAUGCAGGGUGGCUUCCUGCAGAGCCAUGGCUCAGCUGGUGCUGCUGCUUGGGAAGCAGAUGCCAUGCUGCUCAGGAAUGUCAUCGUGGAGGCAUGAGCAGUUUGAGCCUCUGAUCUCCCAAGGGUGGUGUUGCUUCAACAGAACACAGGACUCUGUUGGAGUAACGGGCUUGUCUUGUUCUGGUUUAUGCUGAAAGAAUUAAACAGGGGAUACUAAAGUAAUGGAUGGUGCAUCAAGCAGCCAGAAGGCCAAAUAACUGCCACAGAGACACCUAAGUCCUCCAGUACAGCCUCGCUGGGGCCUGUGGCCUACACACUGAGAGCUGUUUGACGUGUCUCCACUGCCAGACUGCAGCUUCCACGCCGAGGCAGACUUGAAUUCCUCCAGUGCCAGAGCCUCCUGCACUCCUGCCAUCCCUCCUGGCUUUGGCACAAAGAAGUCUUCCAUCACCCUUCAUACCUGUGCCUGUUACACUGUCAAGGAGCCAGAAGCUGGGCCUCCUGUGCUCCAUUUCUGGCUCCAUUCUUGGUCUCUACUCACAGCCCUGUCAGCAAAAAGGAACGCAAAGCUGCUUCCUGCCCUUGCUCAGGUGGAGCAGGAGGCUCUCACAUGUAUGAAGGGGUGACAUUUUCCUUGUAAAGCUUAGAAUCAAGUCUACAAAGAAUAAAAAGCAAUGGCAGUGUGCCUGGGAAGGGAGCACUGGCCUUUUAUGCAUCUUGUUGGACAAAGAACUUUGUUCCCAUUUCUGUAUGUGAUGCUCAUCGGUCAGUGGAAAAGUCUGUCUUGUGAAAUCUUCCUAUUUGUGUGUCUUUCCUACCAGCUGUGAAGGGGAUUGACCUUGAAAUCUGGGUCACCAGCACAUUUAGAGGUGUGGCUGAAGCCAGAGAGUGGUCACAUGAACACGGUAAUACCAUAAAUACAACUUGGCCUGUUAUGUCCAUACUGGAGAGAGGACUGAAAGGAGGAGUGGAGGUGAGGUGGAUGGAGAGCUGCUGAAUGACAGAGCCCAGAGGGUGGGGAUCAAUGGCACAGAGUGGAGUUGGAGGCCUGUGGCCAGUGGAGUUCCACAGGGAUGGGUUCUGGGGCCAGUCUGGUUCAACAUCUUCAUCAACCACCUGGGUGAGGGGACAGAGGGACCCUCAGCAAGUUCCCUGCUGGCACCAAACUGGGAGCACUGGCUGAUGCACCAGAGGCUGUGCUGCCAGUCAGUGAGAGCUGGGCAGGCUGAGAGUUGGGCACAGAGGAACCUGCUGAGGUUCAACAAGGGCAAGGGCAGAGUCCUGCAGCUGGGGAGGAACAACCCCCUGGGCCAGGCCAGGCUGGGGGUGACCUGCUGGAGAGCAGCUCUGCAGAGACAGACCUGGCAGUGCUGGCUGAUAAUAAACUGCCCAUGAGCAGCAACGUGGCCUCGUGGGCAAGAAGCCAAUGGCAGCCUGGAGCAUCCAGCAGAGUGUGGGCAGCAGGGCCAGGGAGCUUCUGCUCCCCCUCUGCUCUGCCACAUCUGCUGAGGCCUCAUCUGGAGUCCUGUGUCCAGUUGUGGGCUCCCCAGCUGCAGAGGGACAGGGAAGUGCUGCAGAGAGGCCAGUGCAGGGCCAGCAAGAUGCUCAGGGCACUGGAGCAUCUUCCUUGUGAGGAAAGGCUGCGGGACCUGGGGCUGUUUAGUCUGAAGAGGAAACUAGAGGACACGUUAUCAACAUUUACCUAAAAGGUGGAUGUGAAGAGAUUGACCAGUGAGAGGACAAGGGAUAAUGGACAAGAGCUGGAACACAAAAAGUUCUCCUUAAACACAAGGAGAAACUUGUUUGGUGCUGAGGUGAGGGAGCCCUGGCCCAGGCUGCCCAGGGAGGGUGUGGAGGCUCCUUCCUUGGGGGGCUUCAAGACCCACCUGGACACGUUCCUGUGUGACCUGAUCUAGGUGGGAGCUGCUUCUGCAGGAGGUUGGGCUGGAUCAGCUCUAAAGGUCCCUUCCAACCCCACCAUGCUGGGAUUCUGUGAUCAUGAGACAUUACAUUUGUCCCCAGUAAUAAAAGGUAUUUAAAAUCCACUUUCAGUGUGUAACCACAAGUGAGAGAGUUACUCAGCCUGCUGCUGCUGCAAGACCAUAGUAUAGAAAUCACUUAAUUUUCCAUUUUCCAUCUUUUAGCAGAUGUCACCUCAUACAGUUGGGGAUAUUUCAUUUUGCUGAGCAGCUGAUGUAAUGUCACUGUCCUGCUGUUUAACACAGGUUGCUUUGUCUUAGCAGAGCAUCAAAAGCCUGUUGGGAAGCUACCUGAGCAAUUAACUAGCAGCUCUGCUGAGUGUUUGUAAUAGAAAUCAAGGUAACAGUGAGACUCAGUGGGAGUCCUGCUGCCAGUGGGAGUCCUGCUGCCAUUGAGGUCUAAUCCUGGCUUUCUGUCUGGCUGCAUUCCUGACUAUGCUAAUCAACAGUGGGAUUCACUGCACCUUGUUUUAGGUGCUUCAGGGCCAUGUGGCACCAUCUGAGCUGGUCUCCUAGGUGUCAUUUAUGGUCAAAAGCUAGUUUUGAUCUGUUUCUGAGAAACACCCACCUCUCAAAGCAGCUCCCCACAGCAGGUGGGUGAGUUCCAUUCUGUUGCACCAGCUCAGGGGUAGCUGACCACCUUGCACAUGUCUGAGGUGAGGAGAGAUGGAUCCCACCCCAUGAUGUGCCUUCUUCUCCAGCUCUCUGCCAGCAAUGUGAGGGUUUGCAUCCCAUGUGCCCCUCUGGCAGGACUCAGACCUUUGGUGCUACUCCUCAGGAUUCAGCCUCUUCAGAUCCUGCACCCUUCCAUGCUCUGGUGGAGUGGGAGUGAGCACGUGGGACUGUCAGCAUCUGGGAGGCUCUGGUCCUUGGGUAACCAUCUUUUCCAUACCAGGGACACUCCUCCUGCAGCACUUUGCCAGUGUUGGGUGUGUGCCCUGAGCAGGAGCAGCAGAUGGAGCAGGGACAUGUCCCAGUACAGGUCCCCAGGGCAGGCUGGGGGUGGGAGCUCUGGGGACAACAGGGUGUCACAGCCUGUGCUGUGCAGAGAGCAGUGCAGAGCCAGGCUGGGGAAUGGAGCUGCUUGCAGAGGGAAUGUCUCAGGAUUUGCUCAUCAUUAGGCUGUUCUCCCCAUUGAACUCUCUGCAGUUUGGCUUUUUCUCUGGGUGUUUUUGGUCGCAGCUUUUCUCUUGUGGAGUUUUGCAAACUCUCCCUUGUCACUGCAGCUGCGUUCUGGACGAUGUGAUGGCUUCCAGAAGGUGUGUGGGCAGUGCGGGGGAGCAGAGCUGCUGCUGCCCUGCAGUUGGGAUGCCACAGCUCAGCUGGCUUUUCCUUUGAACACCUGAAAGUUCACCUUGUUUUCCCUUCCUGCCACACCCAGAGAGUUGGAAAUGGGGAUGAGGUGUAAGAUGCGAGAGAGGGAAAUAUUCCUUUUGUAUCUUAACACCAGAUUCAUUCAGAUGUUUGCUUUUAAUUCAACUUAGGUAUUUCAGCUUGAACAAGGACUUCCAUUAAUGUAACACAAUGAUGUGUAAUCUUACCAUGUAACCUUUGCCAUAAAGAUGGGAUUCCCAUUAAAUUCCUUUUGGAAAAGAA